CCAAUUCCAUGGUGGUAACAAUCGUUGAUCUGGAAUUUGAAUAAACAGAAUUCUUGAAAAUGGAAAAAAUUCGAAUUGGCGAAUUCGAUUCAUUCGAUGAAAUCAUCAUCAUGAACAGUCCAAGUAAGAUUAUAUCACAAUUAUAUCUUGGCAAUAUACAUCAUGCAAAAGAUAUAUCAUUAUUACAAGAAUUACAAAUCAAAAACGUUUUGAGUGUUACCAAUUCACAUGAAACAAAAGGAUUGCCAAAAUUUCAUCUGUAUAAUAUACAAAAUCGUCAUUAUGAAAAAUGUGAUAAUCCUACUGAAGAUUUACUCACCAUUUUUAUCGAUUGUAUUCAAUUCAUUAAUCAAGCCAUUAAUGUACGCCAUGAAAAUAUUUUUAUUCAUUGUCAUAUGGGCGUUUCACGUAGUGUUACAAUCGUAAUGGCCUAUUUAUUGAGCAAAUGGCAUCUAUCCGUACAGGAUACAUUGUUAUUCGUACGCACAAAACGUCCAUUAUGUAAUCCAAAUGAAGGAUUUAUUUAUCAAUUAAAUCUGUUUGGCCGUAUGAAUUAUCGUUUGGAUAUUCGUAAUAAAGAAUUUCGUCAAUAUUUAUUCUAUAGGACAAUAUUUCCGUUUUUAUCCAUUGAUCAUUUACAUCAGAUGAUUGAUAGAUAUUUUACAAUUAUUCAACAAUAUGAACGACAGCAGCAGCAACAACAACAACAGAUGGAUUUAAAUAUUCAACAACAACAACAACAACAAUGGUAUCGAUGUCGACGUUGUUCAAUGAAACUUUUUCAAAAUAUCCAUCUAUUAGAAUCAAAUUUACUUUUAUUUCAAUAUCGAACAACAAUACGUUCAUUGGUUCGAAAAAGUGUACAAUUACGGGAACUUUCCGGUGGUGGUGGUGGUGGUAAAAAUUCUGUAAAAUUAUCCGAUUUUGAUUUUACAAUCAAUAAAAUUGUAACGAAAACCAAUUCAAAAAUUAUCGAUUGUAAUCGUUUCUUGGUGGAACCAUUAUCAUGGAUGAUUGUGACAACCAUUAAGGAUAUGGACAUUGAUUAUCAAUUACAAUGUCCUGGCUGCGCUAAUCAUAUUGGUAUGUGGCGAAUACAAUCAAUGCCAAAAAUUCUAUGCAAAUGUCAAACUCAUUGUGAAUGUCUUUGCGUCAUCGGUAUCGUUAUCGAUAGAAUUGCCGUCAUCAUUCAAUAAUAAUCAUCAUAAUCAAAUUAAAAUUAAAAAAAUU